CAGAUGUUCGGGAAUGAAGACCUACACCCAUUAUGGAGGUCAGUACGGGACUUUGAGGAGCAGCUUGACGCCACGCUCAACGUAGAUUUAUCUUCUGACGUUGGAAGCAUAAUUCACCAGGUGGAGAACCAACGACUUGUUUCGACGCGGAGCGCAUUAGAGAACAAAAACAAGACGUUUUCAAGUCAGAAUGGAUCGUUGCCAGCCCGUGCACCGCUGCCUGCCCAAUCGUUCACUCCUAGACCGCGUCUCAAGAAGCGGAAUCAAGUUUCAUUCAAAGAACUGGAGCUAGAACCAAAGAAGAACAUUGAUCGAUUGGAGGCAACGGUAGAGAGUCUUCACAAACAGAUCAAACAUCUUUUGACUUCAGAGGGGCUUCCCGAUCCCACAACGCGACAGCACGAGAAACCAUAUGCGAGCUCUUUAGUAACUCAUGAUAUUGCUUGCGAUGCAGAAUUGAUCUCUCAGCGUAUGGACGGUAUGUGUAUUGAGCUUGAUGCACUGCAACGCGAAGUAAAGGAACUCUUGGAGUCAAAUGAUCAUAACCCUCGAGAUGUGGCGCCCUAUUCCAUCCCUUACCCCGAGGUCCAUGAUCGUCUCAAAACUUACAUUGAAGCAGAGAUGGAUAUGGCAUUACGACAGCACGAACGUGACUUUAAACACAUGUUGGACGAUUAUCUCAGUGAACUGAGAUUGACUUUGAAACAGUCGGCGUCUGAUGGUGGCGGUGCUAAAGGGAGCGCACAUGGCGGAAGAAGUUUACCGCGUUCUUCUCGCCCUGGCCAUAGACACAUUUCCGGUAAUUCUUGGCCUCCGUCAGAGAUUGUUGAUAUGGAUCAGCUGUUGCAGACCUUGAAGUCGAAGCUGAAAAGUGAAAGAAAGUCAAUUCAUCGAUCAGCUACACCUCAGCGGGAACAGAGUAACUGCCCUCCUUCUACCAGACCAAAGUCUUAUAGAGCAGCCUAUGCAUAUACCAAACCUACACUUGCGUCCACAUUGAAAAAUAAGACAUCUAAAGAAUCCUGAAAUUCAGAUUGGGUUUUCCGC